AUAGAUUAUCAAUUGAGAAAAGGAAGGUCGACGACGACGAUGAUGGUAGAGAGAAGAGAGAGCUGAAAAGGAAAGGUGGGAAGGGAAUCAGUGCGACGUAACGGUUUGUGUUUUCUGCGCACAUCCAAUCGAAACCUCAAACGAUGACUUUCGUUCUCGCCCUCUCUUUCUCAGAUUCUGCUCCUCAAAGGAGCCGAGCAGACGAGAGGAGAAAGGUCGAGGGGUUUCCAGGUCUCUUUACUUGAUAUCACCCUCCAGUUUUGAUUGCUGUUUUUAUCGACAAGGUUUCGUUUUGAUGCUUCUCGCCGCUUCCUCGAUCUAGUUUUAGUUCGAUCGAGCGUCAAAGCUACAAUCUUGCGUCCCUUGCUGCUGGGUUUGGGUCUUCCACGCAACUAGGGUUCUAAAAGAGAAAGGGCUCGUUGAUCUAGGAAUUGGAUUCCGCGGUACAAGCAUGGAUGAUGGAGAAGUGGAUCUUUCGAACCACUAUCUGUUGACAAAUCCGGAGAUGGCUCAGGGCUUCGAUGAGUUCUUGAAGAACUCCAGAACAUGCACCCACACGCACACCUGCAACCCCCCUGGCCGCGCGGCCGCCGCCCACACUCACACCUGCUACCACACACACACGCAGGUGUUCGCCGCCGGCGAGGAAGAGAAUAUUGGGGAAGACGAGAUCAAGAAGUCGCGGAAACCGCUAGGGAACAGAGAAGCCGUGCGGAAGUACCGCGAGAAGAAGAAAGCCCACGCCGCCUUCCUGGAGGAGGAGGUCAAGAAGCUGCAAGUGCUGAACCAGCAGCUUCUCAGUAGGCUUCAGGGGCAGGCGGCGCUCGAGGCGGAGGUGGUCAGGCUGAGAAGCCUCCUGGUGGAUCUCAGAGGAAAGAUUGAUGCUGAAUUGGGCGGCUUCCCAAUUCAGAAGCAGUGCAACCCUCCUGGUUUGCAGUGCGACAGCAAUGGCCACUGCAAUGUCGGAAACCCAGAGAUGACCGAUUGGGAAACGAGUUGUGGACCCUCAACUAAGCGCAUCACCAUGAACUCCAUGGAUGCUCUUGGGAGCUUAGUUUCAUCUGCUUCCCAAACAGGGUGAAAUGCAAAUGCCAAGAGGCAAAGCAAAAGAAAGUCGUACGUUGAUCCUGGACGUCCCACACGGCUCUGUAGAGAAGUAAAUUGGAAAACUAUAAUUGGUCAGCAUGUGGGAGAAUGUUAUUCAAGAUUUUUAUCGAAAUUCGACCAUGCCCCAGCAAUACUACCAAGAAUAAUGUUUGAUUGAUGUCACAGAAGAUAUAACCUGUGAAAUUUUGAGUAUGUAGACAAUAAAGAUACAUAUACUUCUUUUUUUUUUGUACUCCUUUAGCUGCUUGUAUUUUUUCUGUCACAAUCUUGGACAGUGCUGUAUUGUUCUAUCUGUUUCAUCUGCA